AUGGAUAGCAUACCAACAAAAUUCGAAGAAUUACCAAAUGAAAUUCUUAUCGAUCUAUUUCAAUAUUUUGAUGCUCGAAAUCUGUUUCAAAUAUUUUAUAAUCUCAAUUAUCGUUUAAAUACUUUAAUACAAUAUUUUCGUCAUUUAAAUCUUACUUUUUACAUGGAAUCAUUUAUUGAUAAUCAAAUCAGUGGUAAUUAUCUCUUUCCAUUCUAUAUUCGUACACUUAUUGUUGGUCGAGCAAUUAAUAUUAAUCUUGAUCGAUUCUCAAAUAUACAUUAUCUUAAAUUAGAAUGUCCAUUAAAACGAGUUUUAGCACAAUUAAAUUCAAAUGAAUUACCUUAUUUACAACAAUUAACAAUAUCUCAUAUAGAUACAUUGACAACAGUUGAUGAAUGGAAAUCAUUACCAUCAUUACAUAUUUUAAAAGUUUCACGUAUUACUUUAUUAGUUUAUAAAACAAUUUUAAAAGCAUGUCCAAAUUUAAUAUCAUUUGAAUUAUCAAUAUUUAGUUCCGAUAAAUCCAAAUUGAAUAUUGAACCACAUAUUAAUCUUAAAAGAUUAGUAAUAGAUAUAGGAGAUUUAAUAUGGCCAUGGUCUGAUCAUAGUUUUGAUAGUUAUUUAUCUUGUGUACCGAAUUUAGAAAAAUUUCAUGUUUAUCGUUCAAUUUUUAUUUCAAAAGUUACGGAAUCUUUAUUAGAAUAUGAUUGGUUAGCAUCAAAAAUUACUCGAUAUUUAUUGUCACUUCAUCGAUUUAAUUUUUAUUUCAAAAUUAUUCAAUCACAUAUUUAUAUGAAGUCAGAUAUUUUAUGUCAAAUAAAAGAAAAAUUUUUAAAUAGUCAUACUGAUCGAUAUCAAUCACGGCUGACUACAAAUAAAUAUAAAUCUCGAUUAGAAGAUCUUCCAAAUGAAUUACUUACUGAUAUAUUUAAACAACUUGAUGCUCAAAAUUUAUUUCGAUCAUUUUAUAAUCUCAAUAAACGUUUAAAUCAAUUGGUUCAAGCAUUUAAUUAUUUACAACUUACUUUUCAUAUGAAUCAAUCUAAUGUUCUUAAAACAAAUGGUGAGAUAUAUUCAUUUUAUGUUCAUACAUUAAUUGUUGAUCCCUGGAUUAAUUUUAAUCUUAUACAUUUUCCAAAUGUUCGUCAUCUUACAUUAAAUAGUCCAUUUCCAAAAGUAAUCGAACAAUUAAAAGCUAAUGUUGUGCCAUAUUUAGAACAUCUUUCUGUUUUUUAUACAUAUAAUAUGUAUGAAAUUAAUCUUUUACAUAAUGAAAUAUUUUCCAAUCGUUUUCCAAAUUUAAUUUCAUGUGAAUUACUUGAAAAUCAAACAUUAAUGACAAUUCAAAAAUCAACACAAUCACCAUUAAUACGUAUUUUAAAAACGAAAUUUAUUAAUUUAUCAAUUUAUGAAAGAAUCCUUUCGGUAUGUCCAAAUUUAUAUUUUCUUAAAUUUUCAAUGCAUUCAUCAAAUGAAUUAUUACCAAAUGUACAGUUACAUAAAAAUCUUAAAUAUAUGAUUGUUGAUCAGAGCGAAACUGAUUGGUUUGACGAUGAGUUCACGUUAAGUGAGUUUUUAGCUCGUGUACCAAAUCUUGAACAACUUGUAUUUCAUCGAAGAAAUUACUCACGAAAUAUUAUACAAUAUUUUGAACAAUAUGAUUGGCUUGCAUCAGUUAUUAAUUUUCAUUUACCAUUCAUUCGGAAACUUAAAUUUCAUUUAUAUUUAUCAAGUGAUGAAAAUGUAAAUGGAGUCAUCGAUAAAAAUAUACUUACAAAGAUACAAAGUGAUUUUACCAAUGUACAUAAAGGUCACUAUAAAGCUCAACUUGAAAUUCAUUUAAAACCGUUGUAA